ACUCCACCGCCGAUUAAGCAGAAAAGCAGAAAUGGAAGAUGCAGCCUCUCCUAAUUCAGGUUCCGAUUUGAACCUCGGAGGGAACCGCGGUAGAUCCAUCGAAGAAUGCCAGGGCAUGAUUCAACGAAGCUUUCGAAAUCCGAUCGUGAAGUUUCUGAUGGGGCAGAUGGAGAAGUCUGGGUGCAGAGUUGGUGAUAACUUCGUCAAGGCGGUUGUGUGUACUGGUCCUGUAGCUGGCGGCUACACUAAAGGCAGAGGGAUCACUGUGUGCAGUAACUAUCUGACUAUUCAAGAUGAAGUGAACCAAGUGGUUAUACAUGAGUUGAUCCAUGCUUAUGACGAGUGCCGCGCCAAGAAUCUGGAUUGGACUAAUUGUGCUCACCAUGCUUGCAGCGAGAUACGUGCAGGUCAUCUAAGUGGAGAUUGCCAUUUCAAGAGAGAACUUUUGAGGGGUUUCAUUAAAUUAAGAGGGCAUGAACAAGAAUGUAUAAAAAGAAGAGUGCUGAAAUCGCUUCGUGGCAACCCGUAUUGCUCUGAAGUAGCAGCGAAAGAUGCUAUGGAAGCAGUGUGGGAUACUUGUUACAAUGAUACUAAGCCUUUUGACAGAGCUCCUUGAAGGUUAUACCUCUCUUUAUACUCCCAAGAGACGAACUUUUGCUUCUAUGACUUCAUCUUUGAAGAUGGAGAUAAAGCCAAAAAACUGUUGGAUCAGCCAUUGAUUUUUGUUUUUUUUUUCCCUUAUUUAUUUCUCACUAUGGAUGAAUAGUUUGCUAUGAUACUAACAUUACGAAAUAAAGCUUAAAAAUGACAGAAGAUUUGUCUAAAUUGUUAUGCUUUUAACAAAAUAAAACUGUUUUGUAAUGACUGUUAAUUGAGGACCGAGUCACAUUCUAAUUUUA